UCGCACAGGUCUUAGCUUUUACAGAUUGUGUUUAUAGAGAGUGGGAGUGAGCAGUUUGUUGUCACAUUGUGCAGGGUCUGAGUUCAGGGGGUGGUGUUCAAAUCUUGAUCAUUGCCAAAUGGCAGGAAAGGCCCACAGACUGAGUGCUGAACAACGAGAGCAACUUCUUCCCAACCUUCAAGCAGUGGGUUGGUCUGACGUCGAAGGAAGAGAUGCCAUUUAUAAAGAGUUUGUCUUUAAAAACUUUAACCAGGCCUUUGGUUUCAUGACCAAAGUGGCACUACAAGCAGAAAAAAUGGAUCAUCACCCAGAGUGGUUCAACGUUUAUAACAAGGUCCACAUAACACUGAGCACACAUGACUGUGGAGGUCUGUCUGAGCGAGAUAUUAAGAUGGCUACCUUUAUUGAAGAAGCUAAGAUUUCACAUUGAAAUCUAGGGGUGUGUCUGUGGUUGCUGGUACCAAAUGAACUGGAGCCUUCAGUGAGAUUUAUUUCAGAACAGACCCGUGUGUUCUUGAAAGAUUUUGAAGACUGGCAAAUGUUUGAAAUUUACCACAGAUUAAUCUAGAAUCAUUCUAUUUAAAUUGAACUGAUCAGAGCUAGUUUACAUGUUGUGAAUGUAUAUACUGUGAGAAAGUUUUGUUAUAUGAAUAAAAUGCAAAUCAAUGUAGCCAUGA